AUGGCUGUACCAACACUUCUUGCACCUGCGGAGAAUCAUGCAAGUGUGCAGAUGGUUCUUGUAACUGCGGAAAAUAAGGAGAGACAGGUCUUCCGUUUAAUUGGAUCAAAAACAGAAUCUCUCUUUCUCCAACGCCUUAAUCCGCGCAAGAUCUCAUGGACCCAAGUCUACCGACGCAUGCACAAAAAGGGUAUAACUGAAGAAGUGGCAAAGAAACGCUCUCGCCGUACUGUCAAACGACAACGUGAUGUGGUUGGUGCGACAUUGGAAGCUAUUCGGGAUAAGAGGAAUCAGAAACCCGAAGUUAGAGAAGCUGCUAGAUUGGAGGCAUUAAAGGCAGCGAAAGAAAAGAAAAGAGCCGAGGCUGCCAAGAAGAAAGCUGAGAAGGCUAAGGUCACUCAAGUGUCUAAUCGUGGACAACAAAAGAUUUCUAAACAACAAGCCCGUGGUGUACAAGCUAAAGCUUCUGCAAAGAGUCGUUAA